AUGAAUAGUGUAAUACAAGAUUUUGAACCAGGAACACAUAGUUUUUAUGGUGCCAUGAAUAUCGAAAUCCUGAACGGAACAGUUUACUUGAAUGGUGCGACUCUUACUCCAGGUUUCAUGUCAAAUAUUUUUGCUCCACCGAAUAAUCUUCCAAUAUCAUUUGAAUCAUCAGAACCAUUCACAAUGAGAAUCAGUGAAAUCGAUAUUACCAUGCUUUCAAAGUUUGAAACAAAUAUUUAUGAUAUUAAAAGAACACCUGAUGGAUUUACAAAAUUAGGCAAUUACAUUUAUUAUUCUUCAAUGAUGCGUGGUGCAGAAUAUCCUCAAUCACUCAUUAAAUUCGUAGAUAACAUGAUUUUGAAAAAACCAACGAAAAUUUUCCUUUGUGGAGGCAAAGGAGUUGGAAAAUCAACAUUCUCGAAAGUACUAACCAAUAAAAUUAUAUCUCUACAUGGUAAAGUCGGCUUUCUCGAUUUAGAUCCUGGCCAACCAGAAAUCUCACUUCCAGGAUCGAUUUCAUUCUCUAUUUUGACAUCAUUUCUCUUAGGACCAGCAGAAAGGCAUUCCAGACUUGCUCAAGUCUCAUAUUACUAUGGAAGUGUCUCAUUAAGUGAUAAUAUCAAACAUUAUUUCGAUUGCCUUGAACAAUUGAUCAAAGAAAUACCUCCAGAUAUAUUUGUAGUUAUAAAUUCAUUCGGAUGGGUCAAAGAUCUCGGUUUAGAAUUGCAUAAAAGAAUAUUAAAUUUAAUUUUACCAGAAAACUUGAUAAUGCUUACAUCCCCAAACGAGCAAGUUACUCCCCCUCGCGGAUACGCUUUUACUGCAGAAAUAACACCAAGAGCCAGCAUUUUUAAGACAUCUCCUGUCAGACAAAGAGAAUUACGCUUUAUUUCAUACUUUGAAUCAUGGGACAAAACUCUUUCACAACAAGUACCAAUAGCAUUGAACUUAAGAACCAUUCAUUUGCGUUUAAUUAACGUUAAAAUUGAUCCAACAGAAAUUUUGAUGGCAUUUAACGGAUCCAUUGUUGCUUUGUUUAAUGAUACUAGAAAGUUCCCUCCAAACAAGAAAUUAGUGACAAUUUUGAGAAAAAUUACUCCGAUGCCAAUUAUUGGCUACGGAUUUGUUAAAGCGAUUGAUAAAGCCCAAGGAAUUAUGUAUGUUGUCACUGAUGUACCUCCAGAUGCUAUCAAUACUGUAGUUCUUGGCGCAAUUCAGACUCCAACUUAUCUUUACCACGGAUCUAAGAGAAUUGAAUCGAAUUACACGGGUACAAAUGUUUACAAUAAGGAAGGCGCUGGAACUGAUCCCAUGCAUCUCAAAAAUCCUGUAGCAUAUCAAUAA